AUGGCGGAGAGAAGUGGCCGGCUGAGCUUCCCCGGCAGCGGGGCUCUCAACAGACCGGUGCCGAUGAAUUUGUUCGCAACGUGGGAAAUCGACGGCUCGUCUCCGAACUGCAUCCCGAGGCUUUGCAGUCUGACUCUAAAAAAGCUGGUUGUUCUCAGAGAACUGGACAAGGAGCUCAUCUCUGUAGUCAUUGCCGUCAAAAUCCAAGGUUCAAAGCGCAUCCUGAGGUCCCACGAGAUCAUGCUGCCACCCAGCGGGUCUGUUGAGACGGACCUGGCCCUCACCUUUUCAUUGCAGUAUCCUCAUUUCCUGAAGCGCGAGGGCAACAAGCUUCAGAUCCUACUGCAGAGACGCAAACGCUACAAGAACCGAACCAUCCUGGGCUACAAGACGCUGGCUGUGGGCUGCAUCGACAUGGCCGAGGUGAUGCAGCACCCGACGGAGGGAGGUCAGGUGCUGCCUCUAUGCAGCCACCAGAAGGACCUGCUCGGAAAGGUGGCCGAGAUCUGGAUCUUCUCCCUCUCCAGCCAGCCCAUCGACCAUGAAGACGGUGGCUUGCAAGCCGGACACAAGAUCAAAUGCUCCGAUAACUACUCAGAAGAGGAGUAUGAGAGCUUCUCCUCAGAGCAGGAAGCCAGCGACGAUGCAGCACAGACUCAGGAUCUGGAAGAUGAUGAGUACGACGUGCGAAAGCCAAAGAAGCAGAGAAGGUCCAUCGUCAGGACGGCGUCUAUCACAAGACAGCAAAAUUUCAAGCAGAGAGUGGUGGCUCUUCUCAAGAGGUUCCGAGUGUCUGAUGAGGUUUUAGACUCGGAGCAGGACCCGGCCGAGGUUCCUCCUGAGGUGGAGGAAGAAGAUCUGGACCUCGAUAGUGUCGAGUUCGACAACCCCAGCGACAGCGGACCUGAGCUGGACGACGAUGACAGCGUCCUCAGCACACCCAAACCUAAACUCAAGCCAUAUUUCGAGGGGAUCUCCUUGUCCAGCUCACAGACGGAAAUUGGAAGCAUCCACAGCAGCCGCAGUCACCGCGAACCCCCCAGCCCGAUGGAACCUGAUAAAAACAAGUGUGUCGGUGAGGACGAUGUGUCUGACAAUGUCUCUUACGAGCAUCCAGAGGCGGUGACCCCUACCACGGAGCUGGAGAUGGACAACAUGGACACGUUCUUGGACAGACUGCCCCCAAGUGGCAAGAUGACCAAGACUGAGUCGCUCAUUAUUUCAUCCAACAGACAGGAACCCAAGAUGGCGGGCAGGCGAGGUCGCAGCACGUCGCUGAAGGAGCGCCAGCCCAGCAGACCUCAGAACGAGCGAGCCAACAGUUUGGACAACGAGCGGGCGCUGGACACUCGCAGCCACUUGCAAAUCCCGAGGAAGACUGUGUACGAUCAGCUCAACCACAUCCUGGUGUCGGACAACCGGCUUCCCGACAGCAUCAUCCUCAUCAACACAUCCGACUGGCAGGGACAGUACCUGUCGGACAUGCUCCAAAACCACCGCCUGCCGGUGGUUUGCACCUGCACCACGGCUGACAUCCAAGCGGCGUUCAACACCAUCGUCUCCCGCAUUCAGAGAUUCUGCAACUGCAACUCGCAGACGCCCGUCCCCAUCAAGAUUGCUGUGGCCGGCGGGCAGCAUUACCUCGGUGCCGUUCUCCGCCUCUUUGUGGAUCACCUCACCCACAAGACCCCUGACUGGCUGGGAUACAUGCGCUUCCUCGUCAUCCCGCUCGGUGCACACCCCGUGUCCAAGUAUCUGGGCAGCAUCGACUAUAGAUACAACGCUCUUUUCCAGGACGUGGCCUGGAAAGACCUUUUUCACAAGCCUGAGGCUCCUUCGGUUGUCCAGGAUGGUCCGGAUGUGGUGUCCAGAGUGACGCAGUACAUGCUGGGUGCCAACGGAGCGCACCAACUUCCCAUCGCUGAAGCCAUGCUCACGUACAAGCAAAAAAGCCCCGAUGAGGACUCGUGUCAAAAAUUCAUCCCCUUCGUCGGCAUGGUUCAAGUGGGAAUAGUGGAGCAAACGUCAGCAGCUGCAGGCGACUCGGAUGAUGCAGCGACGGCCGGCUCCACUCUUUUGCUGGCCACGCCCCCUCAAGUGUCACCGGCGCUUAAAGAGUUGUCACCCACGCCGCCAUCCUCGCCGUCCAUCAACACCACAUUCUGCGUCUACAGUUCUGGAGGUCAGGCAGAACUGAUGGGCCUGCAGGUGGACUACUGGGUGGCAGACAGGAAGAAGGACGCGGAGAAGCGUGAUUCCUCCUCAUCCUCCGCCGCCAAGAAUACGCUCAAGUGCAAUUUCCGCUCGCUGCAGGUCAGCCGGCUGCCCGUGGGAGGCGCCGAACCCGGCACCCUGCCCGCCAUGUCCAUGACGGUGGUGACUAAGGAGAAGAACAAAAAGGUGAUGUUUCUGCCAAAAAAGAGCAAAGACAAGGAGGUGGAGUCCAAAAGUCAGGUUAUCGAAGGCAUCAGUCGCCUCAUCUGCACCGCCAAGCACCAGCACAACAUGUUGACAGUGUCGAUCGAUGGCGUGGAGUGGAAUGACGUCAAGUUUUUCCAGCUAGCGGCGCAGUGGUCAUCGCAUGUCAAACAUUUCCCUAUCGCCAUCUUCGGCCAUGUCAAAGGAUCCUACUAA